UUACAUGACCACCCUGAGAGGUGAUAGUCGCUUGCUCCCGCCCCCGCUUCACCGUCCGGUCGAACGAAGAAACGGCGAGAAUGGCAUUUGUGCGUGAAAUUGUAUCAGUUUUUAUGUGAACAACUGCAUAUUUCUCACAGGAGCAGCUUCACCUUCCGACCUUUAGUUCCCUGGUGUAAUUAUUCCUUCGGAGUGUUGUAUUAUGUGCAGUUUUAGAGAGUUUUGUGUCAAAGAAUUUUAGUGUGACUGGUUCGGGGUGGUAUCCCGUGGAUUUUGUUUCAUUGUGCUUAGCAAUAAUGGUCAGACUUCCCGCUAACAUCGUUGGAAUUUAAAACAUUCGUGCCCAACCGGCAUGGAUGAGGGUUUACUCAACGACCUUCUCGAGUGCUCCGUUUGUUUGGAGCGACUCGACACUUCUUCCCGUGUCCUGCCAUGCCAGCAUACCUUCUGUCUCAAGUGUUUGAAGGUGAUUAUAGAAUCACACAAGGAGUUACGAUGUCCAGAAUGCAGGGUGUUAGUGGAAGCGAAGGUGGAGGAGUUGCCUCCGAACGUACUCCUCAUGAGGAUCCUCGAAGGUAUGAAGAACUCGGCUCCGAGGAAGUCGGCGACUGGACAAAGGACAUCAAGGAGCGGACAUUCCCAGGCGUUACAAGGUGUUCAGGGCGGCGGUAAGCAGCUACCUCCACACGCGAGGGCUAUAUACGACUAUAUAUCUAAGGAGCCAGGCGACCUCUCGUUUAAGAAAGGUGAAACAAUACUCAUUCAUAAGAAGUUGGACACAUUUUGGUAUCAGGGAGAAUGUUCCGGAAGGACUGGCAUGUUCCCACUGGCAUAUGUGCAGGUCGUGGUACCUCUACCGGUGGCCACUGCACUAUGCAAAGCAUUAUACGACUUCCGAAUGUCCGCACCUGACGAGGAAGGCUGUCUGGCUUUCGAUAAAGGGGCGAUAAUAACGGUGCACCGUCGUGUGGACGACAACUGGGCGGAAGGCAGGCUCGACCAACGUGUCGGCAUCUUUCCCAUCGCCUUCGUGGAACUCAACCAGGCAGCCAGGCAGCUUAUGAACAGUGUGCCCCUAAACCGUCCCGUGCCGCCCAUACCGGAACAAGCGCGACCCUCGCACUCUGACCACAGGCAUCAUGCGCAACAGCAACACUCGCACCGCUACCAGGCGAUGUCGCUGUCGACGCCGGCGGCGGUGCACAGCGCGUACCAGAACGUGCCCGCCAUGUCGCAGUCGCAGCCCAGCUACCUCCCCCACUCCCCCCACUCCCAGCACUCGCAGCCCCUCACCCACCACGUCGCCAGGAACAUCGUCGAACCCGCCCACACCAAGCACUCGCUCGAUCUCAUACAGUUCACCAACGUACACAACAAGUCCCACCAAGGAACCAUGGGCAUACAGAGCGUCUCUCGCAUCGGAGAGAACUACGACAGACUACGGACCGUCAAAUACGACAGCUAUAAUUCAACCCCCGUACACAAAGUAGACAAUACCUACCAGAAUGUUAGGACGCACGAACAUUUUCCCGUCGCCGUAGCCAAUUUCAACACUAGCAACCUUAGUUCGGACUCGAGUUCUAGUAUGAACACGCCAUCUUUCGGAGUAAGUUCCACCACCACUCCCAACACGAGCUCCGACACCAGCACUUGCGAGAGCGCUGAACCAAGCCUUCCCAGUUCCCCAGACAAUAACACCGAGCGAAAUGCAACCGUCAUUGCUGGCAAUACGGCUCAAAUUCAAAACCAAAAUCAGAACUUACCAGAGGAAGAAACUAACAACGACGAGUCUCUCAAUACUUCUAUGGGAGUGUUGAGUUUGAAUGAAAGUUCGACGGCUACAAACACGUCCUUGAAUGUCAGCUUGCCACCUUCAGAGAGUCCAAAAUUGAAUGCGUCUGGUACGAGUAAUGCCUCUCAAACACAAGAAGAUAAUCAGGAAGGUGCAAUCAAUAAUGAGUCUUCAAGACUUGACGUGCCUUCGUCUAGUAAAAACCCGUUGCGAACCAAUGUAGAUGCUUUGUUGAAUUUUGGAUUAGGAUUACAAGCGGCUCUGUCGCCCUCUCACGGGAAGGAUGGGAAUUAUAUGCUGAACAGAGCGCAUAGAGAUCAUCACCAUAGAGAAAGAGAUAAGAGGCAUAGUUUGACGCCUUCUACUCAUUUACAAGGAAAUCAUAAUACUCAAAACAGGCACUCGGCAGAGAUCCUGGCGACGAGUUUACUGGACGCGGGCCCCGAGAACCGGUCGGAACGGUCGGAGCGACGCCGGCGCCGGUCGCGGAGCAACGAGCGCCCGCUGCCCGCCGCAUACGUCGCUAUAUACCCGUACAAACCGCAGAAACCAGACGAACUCGAGCUUAAGAAAGGAGGUAUCUACACGGUGACGGAGCGAUGCCGCGACGGUUGGUACAAGGGUUGCUCAGAACGAUCGCAGCGCUGCGGCGUUUUCCCGGGAAACUACGUCGCGCCCGCCUCCAACCUGCGUACUAAACACGACAAGUCGCAGAGCGCCCCGCCGCCAAGCACGGUGGGCCCGGCGAGUUCAGGCCCCGCCAGCUCGGGCCCCGCGAGUACAGGCCCGGCGGCCCCCAGUGGCUCGGCCCCGCAGACGGCGCCCGACGCCCCGCCCCGCGCCAGGGACCCCGCACUGCUCAUGGCCCAACCUUUGACAUACCCGUGGAAUUCUCCUGCCCAAUCACAGCAAAGCACGCCGAGAUCUGAAAAGCCAAAAGAAAAAUCGAAAGCAGAGAAAUCUUCAAUAUCGACGGGCGUAAGUUUGAUGAAGCGUUUGGCUGCUAUGAAGAAAUGCAAGUCGCCGCCUCCCACUGGAUACAGUAUGGAUAAUCCAGUGUUCGAAGACGGGCCCGGCACGUCAUUGAUGCUAAACACCAACUCGCAACAUCACCCUGUACAUGUCAGGUCGGGCUCAUGCCCCUCGCAACUGCUGCGAGCACUGCCGCCGGCCGCACGCACGCACAAGGAGCGGCCCACACCGGCGCCCCUGCACGAACAUCACCACCAUCUGCACAGGUUGUAUGCAAAUACAAACACUCAUCCCUCACACCUCACACAUGCACACACAAGGAGCGUCCCACUCCGGCGCCCCUGCACGAACAUUACCACCAUCUGCACCGGUUGUAUGCAAAUACAAACACUCAUCCCUCACACCUCACACAUGCACACACAAGGAGCGUCCCACUCCGGCGCCCCUGCACGAACAUUACCACCAUCUGCACCGGUUGUAUGCAAGUACACACACACAUCCCUCACACCUCACGCACGCACACACAAGGAGCGGCCCAUACCGGCGCCCCUGCACGAACAUCACCACCAUCUGCACAGAACGGGUACAGAAAACCCGUGGCAGUCGCAGCACAGAAAGUCGCAAUCACUAGACGUGACGGCUUCGAGGCGAGACAGACAUCAUACGCAACCGAAUAAAGAAAGAUUUCGCUGCAUAGUCCCGUAUCCGCCUAACUCGGAAUACGAGUUGGAACUGAAAGUGGAUGAUAUAGUGAUUGUGUCGAAAAAGCGAGGGGAUGGUUGGUACAAGGGUACGCUGCAGCGGACCGGACGCACCGGCCUCUUCCCAGCAUCCUUCGUUCAGAGCUGCCCGCCUGAAUGACAAAGGCCUACACCUUCGAGGUUUGGGACUCUAUUCUAGUACAUAAUUGUGACGGGAACAUUUCAAUGUGCGGCCCAAUGUCCAUAGCUUCUUUUAUAAGGAAAGUAACACGUAGUUUCACAUUAUACCCGUUUUUAUUUCGUUAGCAGUAAGGUCUAUUGUUGAAGUCAGUUUUACUGAGUGAGCUUAAAACUGAAUAUUAAUUUAAUGCUCAAUUAACUAGCCAAAAUCCAGAGACGCCUAGUUGUUUUAAUUCUAUGAAUCUAAUCAUUUAUUAUUUUGGUAGUCCUGAAGUCGUGUAAAAAAUGACUUUUUAUAAAGAUAUUCAAUGAAGUUACAAUUUGAAAUUUGAAUGACCAAAUACUUUUGUUUUGAUGUGUGAUAAAUAAUCAUUGAGUUUUCUAUACAUGUUUAAAUGAAAGUGGAAAACAUGAAACAACACAAUUGUCACAAAUUAAAUAAGUGCUCUACUCUUUAUGGUCACAAUUAAAUCAUUUCUCAAAUUAGACACGUGUUUUAUAAAACUGAAAAAUUAUACAAAACAAUGAAUUAUCUCAAUACUCAUUAUAUGAACUGUUAUACAAUAUUUAGAUUCCUUUUUACAAACGAAACAAUUUUAUCCUAUAAAUCCAUUUUCACCUGACUGAUCCUUACUGCUAAUGUUUCUGUAAAUAUUCUUCCUGAUUUAUUUUGAGAAAUUUAUUUUUUAAUAUAACAAUGUGGGCCAAAUUAAAGUGUCCAUUAAAAAUGAAGUAUUUUUGUAGUAUUAAAGUAAAGUUGAUGAUAAUGGCUACUUGACGUGGCGUGUAUAUUUUGUUUUUGAUCUUAAUUUAGUUGUCAAGUAUGUAUAGAUGAUAUUAGAAAAAUAAAGGUUUUUUGGUAAUUAGAGACAUGUGAAAACUUAUGUUUGGCCAGCAUGUCAUUCUGUUAAUAUAUUUUUCAUAGAAUUCUCCACUUUAUAAUAUCGAAACAAGAAAGUUGAAUAUCUAAUAAAAUUUAUCAGAAACGGACAUUGUACAAGAUAUUCUUAUUUUGGUAUGCUUUGAUUUUAAGUCGUGUCGUUUUUUGAAAGUUGAUAAUUGAGAACAAAUCUGCAAGAUCUUCCUUGAGAUCUUCCCAUAUCGAAGUUGGUUUAAUGUUCCAAAGUGUAUACCGAUGUGGAAAAGAGAAGCAAGACCCUAUAGUUACAUAGUGUUAUGUUUUCGUUACAAAAAUAAAAAUGAACCUAUAUUUUCUAAUGUCUCUGAUUACAAAACACUACUAGUUCUAAUACACUCGCGUGCAUGCAAACUGCAUCGAAUAGUUUUACAAAAAUAUUUCAAUUAGCCAUAAUAAUUUUGAACGAAGUGUUAAUAUAGUGAUACUUACCAAUACACCUACAUAUUUGCAAAACAUAGACGAUAUUUUUAAUAUUUUGAGCUUAAUCUACCUAUAUGAACUAAAGUAAUUAUUUGUAUCUUACAUUAAAUUUAAUUUUACAAUUAUUUGUUAGAAUACAAUAUACGCUUACUAUUUUUUAACAAUAUUAUAUAAUUUUGUUGUUUUACGACACUGCCAUAUUAUUGUUUUUCUUGUAUCCUUGUUUUACUUAUGAUAUUAAGUCAUUAGUAGACAUGACUUCGAUAUACUGAAGUUAUAUAUUUUAGCUAAGGAAAUGGUUGGUUAUACUAUUUAUGUAUAAUAGUGAAUACUAAUUUAUAUAAAAAAGAAUGUUUUAACAUAAACUUUUUGGGUUUUAAAUAGAAUUUUGAUGAAAUUAAGACUGUAUGAUACCUUAGUUUUUAGAAUGUAAUUUUAAUAGGUAUCAUCUGGUAAUAAAGUAAUUGUAUUUAACCAUUUUCAUAUGGAUCACUUGUUUUUGAUAAUUUGUAAGGUAAAUAUUUAAAAAUGUUCAUUGUUGCACCCAUUUUUGUGGUCUGAUGUGUAUUUAACUUAAUAUUAAACAUGAAUUUUUCACUGAAUUUAUAUUUGUUCGAAAUUUUUGCGAUAUUCGGUGUUAUCGAUUGAAACUAUAUAUUCGUCGUCACUACAAAUUUUAUCGAGACGUAGCUAGAGAAUUUUUGACCGAACAAUAUAAUCUAUUUAGUAUAUUAGAUAUUGAUUCAUGUAGACGAAAUAUAAUGCAAAAUGUCUGAUGAAUAAUCAAGUAAACAGUAGCUUUUUGACUUUUUAAAAUUUUAAUACAUGAUGUUUUUUUUUUGUAAUGAUUUUUAGCAUCAGUCCACUUGUAAAAUGGUGUUAUUUUAUGUACGGAACAACAGCUCAACUGCCCUCUAACGGGUUUAGUGCUAGUAUUAGAUAAUUUAGGAAAAAAUGUACAUUCGAUGUCUUCUAUCUACUUGUGUAAAAGAGUGCAUGAAACAGGUAUUUUAGUAACCUUUAGUUUAGGAAAACUUAUUUGAGGAAACAAAAACAUGUUGUUGAUCCAGUAACACAUUGUUCAGUAGUAAUUUAUAUUACGACAUUGGUUUUCUUACACAUAAUUACGAAAAUAUAAAAUAUGCCAGUCAGCCAUUUUAGCCACAAGAUGGUCAUUUCUAUACAUAAGUUUCCCCCAAAGACUUCUAGUACCUUUAGUGCAAGUUUGGUUUACGUUUAACUUUACCUUUCCGCGUUCAGCGCUCUGAUUGGUUGCUUCAUUAGUUACGGCCAAUCAGAGCGACGAACGCGCUCUCGUUUACCUCUCGCUAGUCUUACUUCUAAAUCCCCGAAAAUAUAUCGGUGUCCUCGCUCACUCACUCCAUUGUAGACCUUAUUUCCGAUGUUUAGAGACUACUUUUGUAUGAACAAAUUUUGUUAUUAAUAAUCUAAACUGACUAAUGUCGUAAUAUAAAUUGUACUUGAAUUUGAAAAAUUUUACUCAAGAAAUAGUGAACGUCUGUGUACGGGAUUCGUUGUGAACUGAUUUUUUUAAACCUAUUUAUUUUAUUUUGUAAUUUGUACGUAUACCUAGAUGUUAAGUAACCUCUUACAACGAAGUUUAUGAAUGCUCCUUUUUUAAUGUUUAGCUGUUCGGCCCUGGCGGUCUACAGUUAAUUUUGAACUAAGUUCUUUAAAUUAAUAAUGUGUGGUUACUGCUCUACUGCAAAACUUUUCUUCAAUACCGCUAGUAUGAGUUUGCUUUACUUUUAAAGUAAUCGAAACGAGAGCGCGUUCGGCGCUCUGAUUGGUUGGUUCAUUUGCGCCGGCCAAUCACGAUACCGAACGCGCUCUCGUUUCGAUUAUUUUAAACGUAAAGCAAACUCAUACUAAUGGUUCUGAUAUAUUUUUAAUCUGUAAUAAUGAAAUAGAUUUCGACCUGUUUUAGAAAAUUGACAGUAUGGAAUUUUGUCGCCCUAAGAUAUUGUACCCACCAUGUGAUUAUCGACAAGUGGAGCAAGUGUGUGUCCAAUUUGUUUUGUAUUGUGCGCUUCUAUUGUAAAUUUUAAGUGAAUCAUAUCGAAGUUAUUAUUAGGUGAUUUCGAAAAGAAUUAAAAUUUCUUCGUAAUA